GUUCCUCCAUACACUACCCGCGCCAGACUGCGCAUGCGCACACUGUGUUUGUGCAGGCUUCCUGGAGCAGCAGCAUGGCGGAGCCGACAGUCCGCAUGUCCGGGAUCGUUUUAGCGUCUUUAAUGUUUCAGCAUGUAAACAGCGACUCAGACGUGGAAGGUUUGAUUCUUGGAGAGAGUAAACUGGAGGAGCAGGUGACCAUCAGCGACUCUCAGGCGGAUCACAUUCACAUCGAGGAGAUUUACAAUGUUCAGAAACACAUUUCCUGCCACAAACUCAACAGCUUUUAUAACAGCGUUGGAGACGUGAACGUUGACUCAGUGAAGAAGAUCCUGGCCGACAAUAAGGAGGAGAGCGUGAUCGGUUGGUACCGGCAGCGGAGGAACACGGAGCAGCAGAUGACGUUCAGAGAGCGACUGGUCCACGAGAAGCUGCAGAACGUUCUGUCCAACCCUCACAUGAUCUUUGUUCUGCUGACGCCGAGCAAGCUGACGGCGGCCGGUUCCACGCACAGGAUGGAGUACGCUGCCUUCAUCGCCCGCAGCAGACGCUUGGUGAACGUUCCCGUGCUGGUGAAUAAUCUCGGUUUAUUGGAGCAGCUUUCGUACUGGAAGGUUUCUGCUCCGUGUUCAGCUGCUGGCUACAACCUGACCAUGAAGAGACACAGCUCAAAGUUUUUCUCCUCCAACGGUUUCCUGCGAGACGUCAACGACAUGAACAAGAUGAACGAUUCUCUGCAGGCCGAGCUGCAGAAAACGUGCGGCGACGUCGAGGAGAGCGAACGCCUCGUAGAAACUCUGCUGGCAGAAGUUUCAACUCUGAGGAGACGAGUCAGCGAGAAGAAGAAGAUGAUGAAGAGCGGAGGAGAGGAUGAAGGUCGGGUUCCAGCGGAGCAGAAGCAGAACGUCCGUCUCCGUGAGGCCGUCCGAGCAUUGUUCUCCUGUUCUCCGUUGUUCCACUCGCAGACUUUGACCCUGGAAGCGUUUCCGGUUCUCGGUUCCGAGUCGACGACGCUCGGCUCCGAAUCGGCUCAGGAGAGGAACUCGGCUCCGAACCAGGAAACAGGAAACAGGAAGCGACCGAAGGAAACGCCGCCGCCGAGAGAGAGGAAGCGCAGGAAGAGCCGAUCCUGA